GUCGUUUCAACAAGCGAAAAACAAAUUGCGGCUUACCGCCGCCUCAAUCUGUUUUUAACACCGGCCACCGCACUGUUUUUCUCGUAAAAUGGAUUCGUCGGCUUCUUCUACACGAAAACACGAUGUGAAUCGCGAGAAGUAUCUGUUGAAGGUGAUUUCACCGGCGAUCAAAGGAAAAACGUGUCCGAUAUGUUUAAAAGAACUGAACGAUCAUCGGAAAAUAGCGGUUGUAUCUGUUUGUCUUCACGCGUACUGUUUAGGUUGCAUUCGGAGGUGGAGUGAUUUUAAACGGAAGUGUCCUCUCUGUAACGCUACUUAUAACUCUUUGUUCUACAAGAUCAGUUUCUCUUCUCGUAAUUUUUUGACGGAGACAUUACCGGAGUUAGAGAGGAACGUUAAAAAUCACCGGACAGAAGGUCAAUUCAGUUCUCGGAGAGUUCCUGAGCAACGCAGUAUGAUGACAUUGACGAGAAGAAGCAGGGCAUUGCCGUGGCGGCGUACAUUUGGACGGCCAGGAUCUGUGCCUUGUUCUAUUGUUGCUGAAAGAAAGCUUCAAUGGCGUUCUAGUAUAUACAAAAGAAGCUUGAAAGCUGUUCCUUUAUCUCCUCUGAAUUGUCUGCAGCAGAAUGUGUUAAAAGAUGGUUAUACAAAAGAAAAGGUGCUACAGAGAAUAGAGCCAUGGAUUCGAAGAGAGCUGCAAGCUAUCCUUGAGGAUCCGGAUCCGUCUGUUAUUGUUCAUGUGGCCUCCUCACUUUUCAUUUCUAGACUUGAAGGAAAGUCUGAUGUUCGUGCAGGACAAUAUGGUGAUGAAGAUAGCUUCAUAGUACCUUUGCGGCCAUUUUUGCAGAACUGGACCAACGUGUUUUGGCAUGAACUAAGAUGUUUUGCAGCAACUUCUCUUACUAUGGAAACAUACGAUGCUGUGGUUACUUAUGUACCAGCUGAUUAAGUCCGUUUCAACGUCCAUUCAAAAUUCAAGGAGAUUGCAGUUAAUCAUGGCCAGGAUAUUCAAUCUGCACCAUGACUAGUGGGAUCAUAUAGAAAUUUGGGGCCAUGCCAAGAGUAGAGCCUCAUUUUUUGGUUUAGCUGCUGAUCUAUUAGUUUCAGUUUCAGAUUCAUGUUUCCUUCAGUUCCAAUUUAAACUUGGAAUUUGCAUUCUCAUACUUCCCUCUUUCAAUACCAAUCAUAAUAUGUGUGCUGGAAAAUUCUGCUGGUGGGAAGCACAGUUGUUCAGAAGGCUUAACGACAAUGCCAGAAAUGCAAUCGAAUCUAAAAAGCAGACCAAGAGAAGCACAUUGCAGGUGGGGUGAGCGUGUUGUUGCUAUCCACAACCAGUUAACUUGAUUUAUUUGCUGCCAUGGGAAAAGUGCUAGUGAUGUAUCCUAUGGAGAUGGCUGUGGCGGAUGGCGCUUAUGUGAAAAUCCUGGUGUAUAAUUAUAAUGUAACUAGUAGUAUGGUUGUAAUGUAUUAAUGCUAAUGUUAAUGUUGUGUUUCUUAAUAAUUGUGCAAGCAUUAUGUAUGACCUUCAAAAAUUGGUGAUGUUAUUUAUAAUUAAUAUAUUUCUUACAGUUCUAUCA